AGGGUUGUGAAGAGGGCAACAUUAGGAAAAAGAGGAGGGAAACAGAGAGAGAGCUCUUAUGGCAAUGGAGAACCAGAACCAGCAGCUGCCCCUUCCUCUGGAACAGGCCAAAGGAACCACUUUUCUUAGGACAUGCUUCAAUGGCCUCAAUGCCUUAUCAGGAGUAGGAUUACUUUCAAUUCCCUAUGCCCUUUCCCAGAGUGGGUGGCUGAGCUUGUCAUUCCUAUUCAUUAUUGCCAUGUUAUGCUGGUACACGGGCCUGCUCCUCCAGCGCUGUAUGGACACGAACCAGCUGAUCAAAACCUACCCUGACAUAGGGGGGCUCGCGUUUGGUCCGAAGGGCCGUGCCCUGGUUUGCGUCUUCAUGUACCUUGAGCUCUACAUGGUGGCAGUCGAGUUCCUCAUCCUCGAAGGAGACAACCUUGACAAGCUGUUCCCAAACGUCAGGUUCAACCUUGGAGGCCUUAAGAUUGGGGGAAAACAGGGGUUCGUCCUGCUCACGGCGUUGAUAAUUCUGCCAACUACGUGGCUCAGGAGCCUUGGAAAGCUGGCCUAUGUCUCGGUUGGGGGAGUGGUGGCUUCUGUGGUUCUUGUGGGGUGUGUGCUGUGGGUUGGGGCAGUGGACGAGGUCGGGUUCCAUGAAAAGGGGAUGCUAUGGGAUUGGAGUGGGAUUCCUACGACCAUGAGUUUGUAUUUGUUUUGUUAUUGUGGUCAUGCCGUGUUUCCCACUUUGUGCAAUUCCAUGAAGGACAGGACUCAAUUCUCCAAGGUUCUAAUAGUCUGCUUCAUCACGAGCACCAUAACCUACGGAUCAAUGGCCGUCCUAGGCUACUUGAUGUACGGCGAAUACCUGAAUUCCCAAGUGACACUGAAUCUCCCCAUAAACAAAAUCGGCUCCAAGGUAGCGAUCUACACCACCCUAAUCAACCCACUCACCAAGUACGCGGUCAUCAUAAGUCCUAUCGCCAUGGCGAUCGAGGAGGUUCGCCCCUUCCAGGGCAGCCGGCCCAUAAGCGUCCUGAUUAGGACAAUGAUUGUUAUCAGCACCGUGAUAGUGGCACUCACAAUCCCAUUCUUUGGAUAUGUGAUGGCUUUCAUCGGGGCGUUCUUGAGUGUCACCGUGUCCCUGCUGCUGCCCUGCCUCUGCUACCUCAGGAUCCAGAAAGCUGCUCGGACUUUCGGGAUUGAGCUGGUCGUGAUCGGGUGCAUCGUGGUGGCCGGGGUUGUCCUAGGCGCGGUGGGCACUUAUACGUCAUUGAAACAGAUCAGUGAGCACCUAUGAGAAAGAGAAAUCACGAACAAUUGUCCAGAGAAAGUAUGUACUUGGUUAAAGAAAAGAUUCAGCAGGUGCAAUGUAAGCAACAUCGAUUCAUGAUUGAUAGAAAGAAACAUACAAGAGAUCCGGGGAGAUGCUGAACUGCAAUUCCCGAAAAAGCCGAAGCAAGAGCAGAUGAAUUGUCUUUAAUGGUAGUAGUAUAACGAUCACUAUUUGUAUUUUCCGGUUGAAGCACGGGCCGCAAAGGUGCAUUUGAAUGGA